AAUUAACCGCUUGAAGUGUUACGAUAGGCCUCUGACAGUGGAACUUUAGCGUUUAAGUAGAGACGAACAAAAAUCGUACACCGCAGAUGUACGACUGUUGUGUAUAUAGUAAUUACCGUAAAACGUAAUGAAUGAAUUCUGGAAUUUGAUGAUAGUGUAGUCUACUUGAAGUUCAGUCAUUUGUUUGUCAGUGAGAUUGAGACUGAAAGUGAAAUUCAAAACUCAAGUAUCGUCACUGACGCAUCACUACUGCCCUGGCAUUAGCAGUAUUACUAUUAGUAUUAAUGUAUUAUUAAAGAAAAUAAAGCAAUCAUGGGCCUGUUGACAGACACUAAAGAACAUAGUAAACUAAUUAUUCUCUUCAAACAACAUGGAAACAAACUCUGCUUUUUAAGUUAUGUUGUGGGCAUCGUAUGGUUUUGUUUACUGGCAUGGGAACCUUACAACAAUAGGACAUAUUUUUCGGAAAAUGCUCUGCUUCCUGGCCUUGUUCAGCGAGAAUUUUCCCCAGGUCAUGAAACGUCUAGAUUUUUUCAAAGUUUGAAGGAAGAAGCUGGUAGCCAUGCCCGUAUUCCUUAUGCUUGGCUGGGAGCACAAUUCAGGCAGAUGGGUCUUGAUGUUUAUGAUCACAACUAUACUCUUCAUUAUCCAUUUGGUUCAAAGCCUAAUUUUACAGGAAAGAACCUUUAUGCCAUUUUGAGAGCUCCAAGGGCAGCAAGUACGGAGGCUAUACUUCUAUCAGUACCAUACCGAACACCAGAAAACCAGCAUGGCAGCACCCUUCCUGGCAUUGCUCUUAUGCUGUCUUUGGCCAAAUUUUUUCGAAGACAACUGUACUGGGCUAAAGACAUAAUAUUUCUGGUGACAGAACAUGAACUGGUUGGAUUUCAAGCUUGGUUAGAUGCAUACCACAACUCUAAAACAGCACCUGGUGUCCUGGACAGUGGAGAGUUAGAAGGAAGAAGUGGAGCAAUCCAAGCUGCUAUAAAUCUGGAGAUUCACAGCGAUAAGAUCUCUCAUUUUGAUGUCAAGAUUGAAGGACAGAAUGGACAACUUCCGAACUUAGAUCUUUUUAACCUUGUUGUAGAACUCAGUACGCGGGAGUCAGUACCUUCCACUUUUCAUCAGAAGUCUAAUCCCGUUGAAUCAGAAAGUUGGAAGGGAUGGAAACAAGCUUUUUCGACACUGAUGUCAAUGGUGGCUCUUCAAGCUACAGGCCUACCAACUGGGGGACAUGGUUUGUUUCAUCGCUAUGCUAUUCAGGCACUGACCAUAAAAGGAGAGUCCAAUGGGCCUGGGGGUAUCCGAGCUUCCUUCGUACACAUGGGCAGAGUGAUUGAAGGGGUUUUUCGCAGCUUAAACAACUUACUGGAAAGAUUCCACCAGUCCUUUUUCUUUUACUUGCUCCCCUCAACUCGUCGAUAUGUGUCCAUAGGAUUAUACAUGCCUGCUUUCGGUCUGAUUGCUGCUCCUUUGCUCAUUAAGGCAUUGAACCUGUAUCUGUCACUCCAAAGUUCCAAAGACUUGGACAAAAAAGCAACACCUGGGAUGGAAAAUAAAGAUGAAGAUGCAAGAGAAGAGACUUUCCCAAGUCUUUGGCAAGCUUUACCUCUUGUCUUUUCUUCUCACAUUCUGGGUUGUUUGGUGUAUUUGUCACCAGAGUAUUUUGACAGAAUUGGUAUGCUAGCGGAUUUUCAGCUUGAAGAUGGGAUCUUCAUGGGAAUGGCAGCCCUACUGUUAGCUGUUCUUGUAGUUCCACUGUUCAGUAGGAGAUUAAAAAGGUGUGGAGGGAGCCACGGUAUCUACCGAUGUAUUGUUCUUCUGGAGUUAGGUGCUUUCUUUUAUACACUCUCCUUAAUCAACGUUUCUUUGGCCACCUUCUUAGCUGUAGUAUAUGUCCCCGUUGCAGUGUUAGCUGGUACAUCAUCAAGAAGGAUUUUUACAUGGGUUCAUUCUCUCCUUCUCUUGCUAAUUCAUCCUCUCAUGCUGGUGUAUCUAGUGCUGUUGGUCAACUCUGCCUACUUAGAUACAUCAACAAAAAUGGUUGACCACAUGUUUCGUGCUUACACUGGAGUGAAGAAGGUUGUAUUGUACUCUGUGGAAGACUGGUACAUAUACUCCAAUUGGAACUUUGUUAUAGCCUCUGGAGUCUUGUUGCCAGUGUGGCUCCAGCUUUGGUUUUUACCCACACUCUAACUUAACAUUAACAUGUGUUGUACAUUAAAACACAUAUAUCGAAUGUUUGUGUUCGUUUAGUCAAAAUAUUAGCAUAGUCACCAUGGCUGUUCUGUAGCUAGUGACUUUUGAAAAAAUGUUGCCUGUAAGUAUUUAUAAUGUUGUCUCUCAUUAUAAAUUACACAUUAACAGUUU